CCCCGCCUGAGCCCCGCGGCCCCGCCGCGGCGCCGGAAGGAGCCGUUGCCCGAGCAACGGGAACUUCCGGCCCUCGGAGUUCGGUGGCGGGAAAGACCAUGAGUAAAGGCCGCGCGGAGGCUGCGGCGGGAGCCCCCCGGAUCCUCCUGCGCUACCUGCAGGAGCAGAACCGCCCCUACAGCGCCCAGGACGUGUUCGGGAACCUCCAGCGGGAACACGGGCUGGGCAAGGCGGCGGUGGUGAAGGCGCUGGAGCAACUGGCCCAGCAGGGCAAGAUCAAAGAGAAGACGUACGGCAAGCAGAAGGUCUAUUUUGCCGACCAGGACCAGUUUGACACAGUGAGCGAUGCCGACCUCCAGAGUCUGGACGCUAAGAUCGUGGCCCUCACGGCGAAGGUGCAGAGCUUGCAGCAGAGCUGCCGCCACAUGGAGGCAGAGCUGAAAGAGCUGACUAGCGCGCUGACCACACCGGAGAUGCAGAAAGAGAUCCAGGAGUUAAAGAAGGAAUGUGCCAGCUACACAGAAAGACUGAAGAACAUCAAAGCAGCCACCAACCAUGUGACUCCGGAAGAGAAAGAACAAGUGUACAGAGAGAGGCAGAAGUACUGCAAGGAAUGGAGAAAGCGGAAGAGGAUGGCAACAGACCUGUGUGAUGCAAUCCUUGAAGGAUACCCCAAGAGCAAGAAGCAGUUCUUUGAAGAAGUUGGGAUAGAAACAGAUGAAGAUUACAAUGUCAAGCUCCCAGACCCCUGAGGAGCCGGCCCUCAGGCAGGACUGGGGUACGGGAACACAGGUAUCCUGCACUGGCUGCCUUGCCAGCUUUUGUUGUUCCUGCUUUGUGCCUGUGAGCAGAGCAGCGAGGAGAGGGCCGUACACUAGAGUACUGGGUGGAGGGGUGGUCGUCCUGAGUGGAUUUGCCCAUUUCAUCAUUCAUGUGUUAGGUGCUUGAGCUUAAUGUUUAAACUUGGAACAAUGCUAAGAGAGUAUUUGACGGUAUUUAUUGUAACAUAAUUUGAUAUAAAAAUAUUUAACUUCUGGAUAAUCAAACCUCCCAGAUAUCAAACCUGAGGAAGGCAGUAGGAAGCCUGAGGAACAGGAUAGAGAGAGGUUACUCAACACAACAUUCAAGUAGCCCGAGGCCUCACCCUGGACUCUCUCUCGCAAGAAGCCUUUAGAGUAUCUUCUCUACCCCCUCUUGGCACCCCAAGACCUGGGCGAAAUGAGAGGUAGUAGAGACCCAGAUACACUUGAUCAAAAGGCUGUAAGUGGUUUUGAGGCCCAGUUAAUUUUUCAGAGUUGUAACUAGCAAAAUUGCAUUGUUGACGUUUACAAAAAUAAAAAACCAGUAUGUGAUGCUGUGUCACACGUGACUGCCGUGCAGUGCUGCUGCCUGUGGGGAAAGGGCCGGAGUAGGUAGGCAGGUUGCUUCCCUCUACUGC